UUUAUGGUCUUCAAUAAACUGGAUGACAAACUAUAAUGACGGUUCCAGCAAAAAUGGUAAUCCCCAAGGGAAUAUAUACACCAAUUAUAACAUUUUUUAAUGAGGAUGACUCCUUAGACUUGGAUACUCAAAUUGAGCAUGCCAAAUUCUUAUAUGGUAGAGGUAUAAAUGGGUUGGUUGUUGCUGGUUCAAUGGGGGAAUCUGCACAUUUAUCUCGAGAAGAAAGAAACAAGUUGGUUUCGGGGAUUCGACUGGCAAUUCCAGACGAGAAUUUCAAAAUCAUAGCUGGUGCUCCACCAAUGGGUAAUAUUGAAGAAACUUUAAUUGAAUCCAGACUUGCAGCUGAAUCGGGUGCUGAUUUUAUUAUAUUAUUGGUUCCCGGUUAUUUUGGACCCAACUUGAUAAGUCAACAAGGUAUAGUUGAUUAUUUCACCAAAGUAGCUAAUAACUCAGCAUUACCGGUAAUAAUUUAUAACUAUCCUGGGACAUGUAACGCAGUUACGAUUUCGAUUGACUCGUACCACAAAUUGGCAUCAGUUCCAAACAUUGUUGGGGUUAAACUUACUCACUUCAAUUUGGAUCAAUAUGCCUUACUAGGUAAAAACGUCGCUAUUUGUGAAGAAGAUAACUUCCGUCCAUUCACCGGUUUAGGACAAGUAUUGAUUCCAUCGUUAUCGGUAGGGAUUUAUGGAGCAAUCGAUGGAUUAUCGGCUAUUUUCCCAAAAGUAAUGGUUAAGUUAUUCAAUUUAUUCCACGAAGGUAAUCUUGCAGAAGCUAGUCAGUUGCAGUAUUUAGUCACAAAGGCAGACAUGAUGAUUAUGAAGCUUAAUGUUGUUGGAGUCAAGCAUGCUCUUAAAGAAAUUCAUGGUUUUGGUAGCUCAACCCAUGCAAGACCACCUUUGGGCUCUCUUGAUGUUAAAGAAUAUGAAGAGUUCAUAGAAGACUUGGAUGUUUUGCAGAAAUUGGAAAAUUCAAUUUAAGUAUAAUUUGUAUAUUCAAUGAACAUCACUCGAUAAGUAUUAGGAGUACAAUAAGAUCAUGUAACACUGGA